CUGCCAUCAUCUAUCCAAAUAUGCUCCAAUAGAGGAGCACAAAGAGCUUCAAAUGAACGUGUCCUGCAGCAUAGCAAAGCUCCUUGUCCAAAAUGUCUAACAACUACGCAUCACCCUCGCUGUGACCCUGAAAUAGGUCAAAGCUAUAAUUAUGGUUUUACCUCCAUCCCAGCGUCUCUGGGUGGAGAUGUUGGUUGUAAUGGUGGUGGUGUUGGCGGAGCUCCCUGGAGCCCUGCAGAAGUGCAUCUUUGACGAGGUUCAGGCUCAGACCAGGGUGGUCCGAGCUGCACCCGUCCACCCGGACAGCCCACCCAACGAGCCCAGACUCAGAGCCCAGGACGGGCAAGAGCCACCGCUCACCUCUGGGCAUCAGAGCCUGUCCAGGAAACGGAGGAGAAGCCUGAAAAAGAUAGCCCCGCCCACUCUGGCCUCACCGCAGCCAAUCAGGAUCCAGACCUGGAUUCCAGCGGAGAGCAACGGCCUAUCAGAGGCUGAGGAAGAGAAGCUGGAGGCAGCGGUGGAGGAGGCUGUUAGGGUGGUGUCUUCUUUACUAUCAGUGAACAGAGCUUCGGGUCCAUUGCUGCUCAGCCGUGACAUCAAUAAAUACUGCAAGUUUCUGUGGAAGAAUUCAAGUACUGUGAACUACAACAGGUGUGGUCGAGCCAACAACAACUACAGAACUGAGACCUGUCUGGAUGUGACCAUCCCAGAUGAUCAUCUUACUGGAUGUGAUAUUUACCCAGAUGCUGAUUCACCUCUCAGGACUGAGCUUCGUCCUGAAGGUGCUGGACUCCCCGACACCGACUUCCUGUUGUACCUCCACGUUCAGGCCACUGACAAGUGCAGAGCAGAGCCUCAUGUGUCUGCCUACGCUGUCCACUGUCACACGGACACCUAUGGACGACCUUUAGCCGGGGUGGUGGUCAUCUGCAGGGACAGACUGACAGGAGCCACAUACAGCCAGCAGGCGACUGUACAGACUCUGAUCCAUGAGCUGUUUCAUGCACUUGGCUUCUCUAAAGAGCUCUUCCACACCUGGAGAGACUGUUCCUCCACUUCUCAAGUUGGUGCAGGCUGCUCUCCUCGAGGCAAAGUGACUCACUCUGAUGGAUCGGGCCAGAUGAGGAUUUACACCCCGUCUGUUAUCUCAGCCCUGCAGAGGCACCUCGCCUCCACUGACCCGGAGCUCGGGGGGCCGCUAGAGAACCUGGAUGUUCCUCCAGGCAGAGUGUCCUCUCACUGGGAGGCCCGGGUCCUUCAGGGCUCCAUCAUGGCGGCGGUGCUGGGGGACUGGACCACGAUCCAGAUCGACCCGGUCACCCUGGCUGCACUACAGGAUACAGGCUGGUACACUGUCGACCUGAGCCGGGCACAGAGUCUAGUCUGGGGAGACGGUGAAGGAGCCACGUUUGGUUCCCUGUCAACCUGUCAGAACAAGUCCUCAUCCUUUUUCUGCACCGGCAGUGGGUUCGGGUGUCAUUAUCUUCACCUCCACAAGGGGGAGUGCCAGACUGAUCCACACCUGGAGGGAUGUCAAGUUUAUAAACCCCUUAAGAAUGGAAGUGAAUGUUGGAAAGAGGAAAAUGGCCGAGGAGAGGAUUUUAGCGGGGAGGUGUUUGGUUUUCACAGCCGGUGCUUCUUCUCCAGCCUGACCAGACAGAACCAGAGUCAGAUUGUUUUACUCAGCAGCUCUGUGGAGGGACUUUGUUACAGACACAGGUGUACUGGACCGAACCGGUACCAAAUCCAGGUGUCUGGCUCUGAGUGGGUGGACUGUCCACCAGGAGGCACCAUUCAGAUUAAAGGGUACCAGGGUUCAGUUCACUGUCCUGACAGAAGGUUGUGUCUGUACGCUGACGUUACUCCUCCUUCAGACGAUGUCGGUACAUUCCCUGCUUCUAUCACGAGUGGACCUUUAACUUCAGCCCAGACCGGGACCCGGCCGCCCCUCAGACCUCCUGCAGAGCUCACUGCAGCGUCGGCGCUCGGCAUCACUGCUGCUAUGUGUCUCCUGGCUGCAGCCGUGGUGGCCUACAGGAAAUGUUGCCUCUGCAGGGUCAGGGUCCACUCUGCACCAGAGGAUCACACUGAUCCAUAACAACAACUGCAUUUUAAAAUACCUUUGAAUAUACAGUGUCAAGAGACGGCUUGGUUUUAGUGAUCAUUUUAAUGUUAGAGAGGGAUAAUUCAUUCUACAAUUAUUCUUUUUUUUAAAUGUUUCUAUUGAACAGGAAAAACAGCAAAGUCAUGAACUGUUGAACGUUAAUCAGCUGGUUUCCUGCCCAAAACAUCAUUUUAAUAAGUGCUACUAAAAAAGCGUAAUGAGAAAACAUGGCAAAAAGAAAAAACUGUAAAUGCAACAUUAACAGAAUGAAUACUGACUCACAGAGAAACAGUAGUCUAAAAAAAAAGAUUUCG